CGGGCCCGCGUCCCCCGAGCUCCCGCGACGUUCUCAGCCCAGAGCGCCGGCUGCCGGCUGCCCACCCCGACGCGAGCCCGCCGGAACUCUUGCCCUGGUCUCGGCCCAGCCUGCACCUCUUCCUACCGGACCCCUGGUCAUGCGCCCUUUACCUCCGGACGCCCCGGCCGUCUCUGCCCGCUCCUCCCCUGCAGAACUGUCAGAAGUUCUCGUGAACUAGGCCCCUCUCAUCCCGCAGUCCCCUCUCCACCCUGCCUCCCCUCUCCCUGGGCUGGGAACCGGCGUUUCGCGCGGUCCUCUUCGGCGGGGAGGGAGCCAGAGUCUGCGCCGACCCGACGCGCCGAGCUCCACGUGUCAGUCCCAGACACGUCAGAGCUGGGACCCCGAGUCCAGCCUCCACCUAGCGGGCCUGCUGCCGAUCGUCGCCACGUGUCAUCCCCAGGACUCACCCCUGGAGCCCCUUGGCAGGUUGGGGGAGAUUCUUCUCACCCAGGGCGAGUAGGGGCAUGUUGCCCCCUCCCCAGGGAACCCAGGUCCCUGACUGUCACUCUUGCCCACAGUAAGAGCUACGGCAAUGUGCUGGUGUUGGACGGCGUCAUCCAGUGCACAGAGAGGGAUGAGUUCUCCUACCAGGAGAUGAUAGCCAACCUGCCCCUCUGCAGCCACCCCAACCCACGCAAGGUGCUGAUCAUCGGGGGCGGGGAUGGGGGUGUCCUGCGGGAAGUGGUCAAGCAUUCCUCCGUGGAGUCCGUGGUUCAGUGCGAGAUUGAUGAGGAUGUCAUUCAGGUCUCUAAGAAGUUCCUGCCGGGCAUGGCCGUUGGCUACUCUAGCUCAAAACUGACCCUACACGUAGGCGACGGUUUUGAGUUCAUGAAACAGAACCAGGACGCCUUUGACAUCAUCAUCACUGAUUCCUCAGACCCCAUGGGCCCUGCUGAGAGUCUCUUCAAGGAGUCCUAUUACCAGCUCAUGAAGACCGCCCUCAAGGAGGAUGGCAUCCUCUGCUGCCAGGGUGAGUGUCAGUGGCUGCACCUGGACCUCAUCAAGGAGAUGCGGCAGUUCUGCAAGUCGCUUUUCCCCGUGGUGGACUACGCCUACUGCACCAUCCCCACGUACCCCAGUGGCCAGAUCGGCUUCAUGCUGUGCAGCAAAAACCCAAGCACCAACUUUCGGGAGCCUGUGCAGCAGCUGACGCAGAAGCAGGUGGAACAGAUGCAGCUGAAAUACUACAACUCCGAUGUGCACCAGGCAGCCUUCGUCCUGCCCGAGUUUGCCCGUAAGGCUCUGAAUGAUACGAGCUGAGCCCAGGUGCCGCUGCUGACGCCACCCAGGACCUCGGCCAGGGAGCCUCCAGGGCACCUGGGCCCCCCAGCCCUGGACAAGACCCCUGCUGGCCCACCCACCAGCCAAGUGUUACAGGCCCCAGAAUGCUGCCUGGCCGGCCCCGCCGGGUAGACUGUCUGUCUUUCUCUGUGGCGUUCAGCCGCCAAGCUUAUACCAGCUGUGUACAGCACCAUCUCCACCUUCUGUCACUCCUCACUCACCAAACACGUGUAUUUAUAACAAAAUUCUGAAUUUUGUGUCCCUGGACCUCAAAUGGGCCCAGGCAGGGGCUGCAUCAGCUAUUCACGGGUUCCCCGGUGUGCCAGACUCUCCUGGCCCUGCUGUCUGGCCUCUAAGCAGCUGCUGUGUGCAUAGGCAGGCCUGCCUCCCUGUAUAAGCUUGCACUGGUCCUUUGACCUCUGUAGUACCUAGGGACACACUGGUCAUCAAACUGGACCCAGAUCUGUCCUGAGAAGCAGGCUUAGUCGUUCCUUCCCCAAGCCCCACACAAGGUUGGUGGUGACACCUGUGGGGCCAAGGCUGGGAGCUUGUAAAGUCAAAGGCUUUGCUUUUCCUUUGGGCUACCUGACAGGGUUCUCAGGAGAAUUUGGGCCAGGUCUCACCCUAGGGUAGAUGCUGGAGGUGACCGCAGCUGGCUGGGGUCCAGCUACUUGGGCCUGCACAUCGGGUGCCUUGACUUGGCUCAGAUUUCAGACCUGGGUUCAAAUCCUGCCUGCCCCUCCUCAUGAGUGUGGCCUCUGAUAAAUUCCUAGAAGCUUCUCUCAAGUGCUGAGAGGUUGAGAAAGGAGGCGUGGGUUGCCACACCAGGACUGUGGGCACAUGACUGUCCCCUCUCCAAGGUGCUGAACCUCCGGGCACCCCAGCCCUCCUGACUGCUGGGACUGAGGCUCUGGUGGUGGGACAGGAGCCACCACAACUGGGUGCAGAUUGGGGGAGGGAGCUUCUAGCUUACUCCUACUUCAAGGGGAUUGGCAGGGAAGGUCCCUGCUCCUUGCAAAAGGAUGUCACCAACCUCCACCCCACAUCUGUCCUUAACAGGGCAUGGCCAGAGGAUGUGUUAACAUAGGGGACUUGAGGGUAGGGAAGGGGACAAGGGAGUGGCCCCAACCUGGUGGUGGUUUGAUAACACCCCCAACCCCACCCCUACCCUGGGCAGCCACUUUGGAACCCCCACUCAGCAGGGGCUAAGACUGCAGUCAUAAUGAGCAUGGGGAACAAGGGUCCAGCUUUGCCACCAACUCCUUGCAUAGCCUCGGCCAGUCACCCAGCCUUCUCUGGGCUUCCUGUGCUUCACCCUCAGGAAGCCACUGGACCAGGAGCAGAAGGAAGACCAGCAUGACUAGUGCUGCUUCAUCACCUGCUCUAAUUCCUUUAAACUUGACUGUCUACCCACGGGAAAGGUAUUAGGUCCACUCAAGAUUAGGUGACAUGCCUAAGGCCACGCCAGGCAACUGGCCUCCCAGGGGCCACCCAACUCAGUCAGCCUCUGCAGCUCUGCCCGAGCACCUUGGGGAUCCCAGCAGGGGCACCCACCUGGACCUCCACUCAGCAGCCCUCCCCACAGCCCAUCUUACUGGCCAAGCUCCAGGACGAUCCAUGAGGAUGACCCAGGGAGUGAAGGUGGGCAGGGAAGGAGGGGUUCCAGCUCUAGGGGUACUGGACAUGGGUUACAUUAACUCUGACUUGAGCUGCUCACAACUCCUGACUUGGGUACCCCGUCUGUAAAAUGGGAACAAUGGUCUGCACCUGUUACAAGGCUUCAUUAAGGAGUAUGUGUCAUGCAGUGCUCACUAAGCUGGUGAAAAUCAGGAUUUCUUGGGCCAGAGAAGGAGGGGAGAGGGCCCAGGUUGCAGAGAGCUGGGGCCAUUCGAGAAACAAAAAUGCCUAACCAGAAAGUAGAAGUUGUCUGCAGUGUAAACCCCUCCACUUUCCCAACUUCUAGUGAAACCUGCACAUAUGUGCAGGCGUGGACGUUAAGGACUAGCACUGAACCCACAAUUGGGUGGACGUGAUGUAGACAUGGACUGAUCCACUGAAACAGAAGCAGGCGUUUGGUGGGGAUGUGACCUGAGUCCUCCAAAGUCCCAGAAAACUGGAAGAGGGCAGUGAACAGGCCAUGUCUGUAGCACGGAGAAUAAAAUCACUCCUCCAUAAAAUCUGGAGUUUUGAAGCUCAGUUAUUAAAAUCAGCCCUGCCCCCGGAUGAAAGAUUCAUACAGCUCCCACGUGGGUUGUUAGGAGAAAACUAGCAGUCAUCCUCUGCCCGCUUCUCCUCGGAGGCAGCGUGUCACCUCCUCCAGCUGAUUGCUUUGGUAUUUACUUUCCUGUCUCUAAAUAACAUGCUUGUAUUACUACUUCUCGCCUAGUCAGUUUUGUCAUAAUCUGUUGAUUUCCCGCUCGGGAAGAUGAGGAUUUAGCUCUUCGCUCACCUGCUCCCAACACGCUCUCAACAACCAAACGCUGAUCUCGGCUGGCGCAGCAGCCCGUGUUUGCACCAGCACAGCUCUGCACAAGCCAUUCGCAGCUGAGACCAGGAGAAAACUAACUUUUAUCUCUGGCGCAGCUUCUUGUUUUCCCUGGAGGCUUUUCUCGUUCGCUUAGUUUUCAACACAUUCAUCACUAACUUAGCCCCAAGCUUUUACCAAGUCUCUAAAGCUCUUAAGAUCUUUGGACUCAACACGCUUCUUGAGGUUCUGGUCAAUGUGCUAAUUGAUUUUUUUAAAUUGUGAGAUUUGUAUUUUACUUAGUCUCAUUAGAGUUUAUAAUUAAUUCAUGAUUAUAUUUAAUGGAAUGUUCAGUAAUAAGAAAUAUUAAUGUACAUACUAUGUACUUUACUUCUUUACCGUGAGUUGUACCAUAAUGUAUAUAACAUCAUUUAGGAAAAAUAACUAAACAUUUUUUUAAAGAAUAUUUGGACUCCAUAGGUGUCCUCUCAUUUUCAUCCUCCUCACUACCCCAAAUGGAACUUCUUGUUGGACUCUUGUCUCUUGAUCCCACGUCUUCCUGUUUCUGGUUUACUCCCCCCCCCUUUUUUUUUUACUUUUAAUUUUUUUAUUUAAAAUCUUUUUUGGUGGGGGAGGUAAUUAGGUUUACCUAUUUAUUUAUUACUUUUGGUAGGGGUACUGGGGAUUGAACCCGGGACCUCGUGCAUGCUAGGCAUGCACUCCACCGCUGAGCUGUACCCUCCCCCUACUCCCUUGGUUUGGUGGAGCAUAUCCUAGAGGAGCUUUCUGAGAAACAGGACAAGGGAUGAAGGUUUUAAAAAAUCUGAGAUGCAUGGAAAUGUCUAUUCCACCUUCUUAAUGGAUGGGCAUAGAAUUUGGAUGAGUAUAGAUGUUGGAAAUGAUCUUUCAACAUUUUGAGAUUCGCUCUUUUCCAUUGUUAUUAGUUAUCUAUUGCUGUGUUUAAAAUUAGCCCCAAAUAUAGCAGAUUGAAAUAAACAUGUCUUUCCUGUGGGUCAGGAA